GGACACUAGAUAUUUUCUAGUGCUAACAAGCACUCCAAGGCACAGCAAUGUAUUUUGAACAGCUCUAUCAGAAUUUGGAAGUGAACUCCCCAAACGCCAGGUAUGGUUGCGAUCAGAUGCAGAGGUUUUCCCCCGAGACAGCAGAUGGCGACUCGGGAUGGUCAAGCUCAUCCAGUCCCGACAGGGUCAACAUGCCAGACCGAUGUUCCAGCCCAGACGUAAAGACUGCAUCAGAACCUCGCGUAAGACGACCCAUGAAUGCCUUCAUAGUAUGGGCCAAAGAAGAGCGGAGAAGGUUAGCUCAUCUUAACCCAGAUCUGGAGAAUACCGAUUUGAGCAAAAUACUUGGUAAAUCUUGGAAAGCUAUGUCUUUAGCUGAAAAACGUCCCUUUAUGCAAGAGGCAGAGAGACUCAGGGUGCAGCAUAUGCAGAACCAUCCCAACUACAAAUACAAGCCCAGGAGGAAAAAGCAGUUUAAGAAAAGCAAGAAAAGCCAAGCUUUGGAGAUGGAACGAGUGAGGGAUAACUGCGAGGAGAACAUCAGUGCCAAACACCAUAACCUGAGUUACCUGAUCCAGAGCCAAGGUCAACAGAUCCCUUCCUACAUGCAGCUCCAAGUAGCUGGCAGUGCCUACUUUGAGACCUACUCCCUGCUCACUCCUCAAGCGCCUCCUCAGCAAAUCAUAGAAGCCAAUGCCAUGUUUCUACCACCACAGGUUGACCAGUGCAAUUGGAAGCCAUAUAGUAACCAGCUCAAUGCAGGCUUCUCUUUUAUGGACAGUCACCUAGAACAGUAUCAAAGGGAACUACUGGGUGACUUAGACCUCAGUGAACUGGAGCAGUAUCUUGGUCCUGCUGCUUGCAGGUUCGACUCUCUGGACACUUUCCCAGUAACAUCAGCACAUAUACUGCAGAUGUUUUGAGUGCUGUUUAUUAUUCAGCAGCUAAAAUAGCUGUGAAAGACUUGAUCAUAUUUAUUUAAAAAUAUCAUUUUUGUUGUUUAUUUAUUUAAUUUAUUGUGAUAGACCAUCCUGUCAUAUUUGCUAUUUAAACCUUGAGGUCAAUUGAAUGUCCACACACUGCUAAUAUGCUAAAGAAAAGGCUGUUGUUUCAACCUGUUUUUCUAUUUUUGUCAUUUUAUUUAAGAGUGUGUGACAUGCCUUUUGUA